UUGGAGGAACAAGGGAGGCAAAGAGAAAAAGUAGAAAGGGGAGGGAUAGAGAGGCACAAAGGGGGGGAAGUUUGCCCUAACUAGUCACUCUGUUCCUGACAUUAAACUGGAGUCUCUGCACUGACAGCAUUACCAUACUGGGACUCACUGGCGACAACACUAAUGAGCAGGAGGAGAUUUGCAGUGACACCAGCAGGACACCUUGGUGUCACCAUUCCUAUGGGAAGCCAAUGAAUGUAUCUCAUCUAAGGAGGACUGAUCCCCCCUCCCUCUCCUCUGCAGUCACCUCUAGGUGCUCUGGACCAGAGAAGGAAUCCUAUGAGAUUCAUCUUUAUUCAUGCCCUGCAGCAAAUCUCAGCAAGUCUUCCUGAACGUCACCUGUGCCCACUGUGCUGCCAUUCAUCCUCCCUUGUCUAUAUGAGAAUGUAUGGCAGAGGACAGCCAUGGGGGAUCAGAGAACCCUUUGUAUAAUGCAGUGAGUACUUAUAUUAUUGUACAUCCAUUCCUUUCACAGUGCAGUGACCUUAAUGUUGCCAAACCCCAGUCCUGCCAGUCUUCUACAGGUUUUAUGUCUUCUGUCAUCAAGACACCUUCCAACUUUGGGAAACCCGUGUAGCACUUUACAGAGUACAACUUGUAAUAUUCCAUGUGUGGAAUUCAUACGAUCCUGCGAUCUUAUGGAAGGGAUUGGUGAGCGCACCUGCCAUUGCAGUCCUGUGUAGCCCACCUGGCAUGUAGCCUUGGCUUUCUGUAACACCACUCAGCAUGAUGCUGCCAUCAGGAUAUGCAUUGCUCUUGCCAAUGAUGUUCUUCAGUAUGAACUGCAUAGACCAGGAACCAGGUCCCCAUGAAAUGGAACUGCCACUCCAGUACUUUGAUGACAAUGUUAUUGAUCUCCUGGAAGCUCUGAAUGUUACACGCUCUAUCAAGGGGGUUACAAAGUCCAAGGGUCUUGACCCUGGUUCACCAGCCUGGAAGUUCAGGCCACGUGUCCCUCACCUAACACUUCCUUGGGACUAUUCAGUCUACCUUUUAUCCAGUACACAGGGUUCGGUUGGCCUACAUUUUGUAGCCAAGCAAGCCAAGAACAACCAAGGAACAUUGCUCGCCUUUUUGUCUCCGGCUGCUAUGAAGAAGGAUGGUCAUCCUCUUUUACGCCUUGUUUCUGACACGCAAGAAGACCAGUUACGUUUAGAGUACCGAACUCCUCAGACCAUGGAACCGGCCUCUUUGUUGCUUCCAGGUGGAUCACCAUUUUCUGGCUCCAAAUGGGCACGACUUGCACUAAACAUUGACACUCACAAGGUCACACUUUUCCUGGAUUGUGAAGAACCAGUGAUAUUUGGAAACCAAGGAGAAGAUGAGUUAUUAAGCCUUAUCCUUCCACUGGAUCUUGAAAUUAGCUUUGCAAGCAACCCAGGAAACAAAGACAGCAAGUUCCUGGGCUACUGGCAAACAGCCGAGAUCUCUCCAACUGGAUUUUCCCGUAGGCCAUGGCACUGUGAAAAUCGCUCAGAUUCUCUCCCUCUUCCUUUCUCCAUGCCGGAAGAACGACACAUAGAGAAUGACGAUAUACAGAGACAGCCAAGAGCUCCAGAUCUCUCUGACACUCGCAACUACCAGCAGCAUCAGAGCGAAGCCCCUUCUCCUCCCCACACUCAGGAAGAAAGGAUUCGGAGGUUGGAGGACAUUGUGCAGGGACUGACAAACAUGUUGGAUAUGGUAAAAGUUCAGAACGUCGACCUACAGGCCAGAGUGAAAACUUUGGAGAGCUGCGAAUGUCGCCGACCUUCAUGUUUAUGGGAAGGGAAAGAGUAUCAGGACAACGAGACAUGGAAGAAAGACACAUGUAACAUCUGCGUGUGCGUGGGAGGUUCCGUUAAGUGUUCCCUACGUCAGGAUUGGCCUCAAUGUCUCUCCUGCACUUAUGAAGGAAGAAUAUACAGUAACAAGGAGACCUUCUCUGUGGGUUCCUGCACAUCAUGUGUCUGCCAGAACAGUGAAGUGGUCUGUGUUCAAAAGACUUGUCUUCCUGUGGCCUGUGCUAAUCCAGUGAUGCUGCCUACAGAGUGUUGCCCUCGCUGUCCAACGGGCUGCUCUGAUGGUCAUCUGGAAGGAGACGUAUGGAAGAAAGAUUCCUGUGUUAGCUGUAUCUGUCAGGGGGGCUCAGUCAGGUGUAUUUCUGAGGCAUGUGACCAAAGCACUUGUGAACACCCUGUCAUUCAUCCUGGGAAGUGCUGCCCAGAAUGCACCAACUGUGAAUACCUGGGGCAGAUCGUGAGGAACGGUGAAAUGGUUCGGCCAGAUCUGUGUACAGCUUGUACAUGUAGGAAUGGAACGGUCCAGUGUAUAAAAGAGCGUUGUCCAGAGCUCACCUGUCUGAAAAGGUUCACCCCACCUGGACAGUGCUGUGCAGUCUGCCAGCAAGGCUGUGAAUAUGAAGGGCUGACAUACAAAAAUGGGGAUCACUUUCUUUCACAAAGUAAUCCUUGUGUGAACUGCUCAUGUUUGAACAAUUUAGUGCGUUGUUUUCCUGUUCAGUGUCCUGUAGUUGCCUGUAGAAAGCCAGUACCCACUCCUGGUCAGUGCUGCCCCUCAUGCCCAGUGUGUGAUCUCAAUGGGCAUCCCUUGUUACCCGGUAAGAAUGUUACCACCUCCAAUGGCUGCCAGCAUUGUGUCUGUCUGGAUGGUGAAGUGAAGUGUACUGAUGCUGUACAUUGUCAGCAGACCUGUACCCAUGGUGUCAGGCGGGGCUCAUGCUGCCCAGAUUGUUCGGCUUGUGACUUAGAAGGUGAUAUAAUACCUAAUGGAGUCACCUUCCAGGGUAAUGGGAACCCAUGUGAUAGCUGCAUAUGCCAGAAUGGUAAUAUACAGUGUGUACGAGUGACCUGUCCAACGCUAACUUGUGUUCUGCAAGAAGAGAUACCGGGGGAAUGUUGCAAACAGUGUCAAAGCUGUAUUGAUGGCACAGUCACCCACAGACACGAGGAGGAGUGGAGACCCCAGGGAGAGCCGUGUCAUAGUUGCCGUUGUAUGGAGGGAAAAAUUCAAUGUAGGAAGCGUCAUUGUGCGUCUCUGUGUAGAAAUCCUGCACCUCCUCGAUCAGGAACGUGCUGUCCUACAUGUGAUGGAUGUUCAUAUAAUGGUCGCACUUAUCAGAAUGGACAACCAGUAAGAAGCUCUGACCAAUGUAAACGCUGCUUAUGUGAGAAUGGAAAUGUCGAGUGUAGCCCUAUACCAUGUAUCCCAACACCAUGCAGAAACCCUGUGCGCAAGCCAGGAGAAUGCUGUGCAAGAUGUGAGGGAUGCGAGUUUGAUUCCAAGUCAUAUGCUGAAGGUGAUGUGUUCACUGCUGCCCAUGACCCCUGUCUCAGCUGUACAUGUUCAGCAGGGGAAGUUUCAUGUGAUCACUUGGAUAGACGAUGUCCUCCUACAAAAUGUAGUCACCCAGGCAAAGGCAAAGGACAGUGCUGCCCAAGCUGUGAAGUGUGUGAUUUUGAGCGUACCAUAUAUACUGAUGGACAGAUAUUCCAGCCUUCUGGACAUGGACCAUGUCUUCGGUGUAGCUGUACGAAAGGCAAUGUCCGUUGUGUUGAGGAAAGCUGCCCACCUCUGUCCUGCUCAAACCCAGUGAGAGAACCCAAUAAAUGUUGUCCCGUCUGUAAAGUAUGUGUACAGGAAGGUGUCGAAUUCUUGGAAGGGGUAGAGUGGGAGCCGGAAGGAGAUCCAUGCAGCACCUGUGCUUGUCUGAAUGGUGAUACAGUAUGUGGAGUCAGUCAGUGCCCCCCACUGUCUUGUCUUCAUCCUACCCACAAUGAAGGUGACUGCUGCCCAGUAUGUGACACCUGUACCUACAACCAGCGUAUAUAUGGCAAUGGCCAGGACUUUACUGACCCUGACAAUCCAUGCCAGAGCUGCCGCUGCCAGGAUGGUACAGUCCAGUGUACUCCCAUUGUAUGCCCAUCUGUGUCAUGCUCUAGACCAGAAAAAAAACCUGGACACUGCUGUGCCACGUGCCCUGACUGCACAUACUAUGAAAAUACCUUUUUGGAUGGACAACAGUUCACAAAUCCAGAUAACAAGUGUCAGGAAUGUGGAUGCCAGGGUGGGCAAGUGACGUGUACAGACAGAGGGUGCCCAGGACCACAGUGUUCAUAUCCAUUGCCAGGAAGCUGCUGCAACAACAACUGUAAUGGUUGUAAUUACGCUGGAAAGGAAUAUCCCAAUGGUGCAGAUUUUCCACAUCCCACAGACAAGUGCAGACAAUGUCACUGCAUUAAUGGUAACGUGCAGUGUCUGACAAAGCGAUGCCCUCCGCUUGCUUGCAGUGAGCCAUACCCUGUGCCAGGAGAAUGCUGCCCUCAGUGCCCAGUGCCACCAGCAGACUGUCCAUAUACUGGAAUCACAUACAGACACAUGCAACGUUUCUAUGAUCCAUCAGACAAAUGCCGAGACUGUAUCUGUAAUAAUGGCACUGUAACCUGUCAACGGAAGCCUUGUGCUCCAACACCAUGUACACAUCCCCUUCAGGGAGACUGCUGCCGUUCCUGUGAUGGAUGUCUUCUGUCUGGAAAAGAACUGGCUAAUGGUGAACAGUUCGCCCAGCCUUCAGAUCCAUGUGCAAUGUGUGUUUGCUGGGAAGGUAGCGUCAAUUGUCAGCCCAAAACUUGCCCUGUCCUUAAUUGUCCAUAUCCAGCCUCUGGACAAUGCUGCAAAGAAUGCAGAGACUGUCAGUACCUAAGCCAAGUCUACCUGAAUGGGCAGGAAUUUUCAUCUCCCCAGGAUUCAUGUAGCCGAUGUGUCUGUGCUGAUGGCUUUGUCACCUGUAGUAAGAAGCCUUGUUAUAAGCCUGGCUGUUCUCACCCUAGUACUCCGGCUGGAAAAUGCUGCCCUGUGUGUGAUGGAUGCUCGUAUAAUGGAGUUGAUAUGAUUAACGGUAAAUCUGUUCCUGAUGUUUCCAACCCAACCUGUUCUGAGUGUACCUGCAGGUCUGGAUCUGUCCAAUGUGUCCGCAAGAUGUGUCCUCAAAUGAAUUGUCCUCAUCCUGUGACCGGACCAUGUGAUUGUCCCUUGUGCCAAGGUUGCCAUUUUCAGGGCCGGAACUACCUAGAUGGGGAGGCUUUUACUUCCCCACAAAGUGAAUGUGAGCAAUGCCGCUGCAUGCGAGGGCAUGUUACCUGUGUCCCUCGGGCCUGUGAAAACGUGAACUGUCCUCACCCUGGAGAGGAUCCAUGCAUGUGUCCAGUGUGUGAUGGAUGUAACUAUAAUGGCCAGGACUGUCUGAAUGGAGAGAGCUUCCCUGACCCUGAGGAUGAUUGCAGCCGCUGCACUUGCAGGAAUGGAGACGUGUCCUGUGUGUCCCUUCCAUGUCCAGCUGUAUCAUGUCUACACCCAGUCACACUACCAGGAGAGUGUUGCUCACGCUGCACUGGUAUAUGUAAACACAAUGGACGCACAUACCAGAAUGGUGACAGCUUCCAGUUACCCGGGGACGUGUGCACUCAAUGUUCCUGUAGGAAUGAGCUGGUGAACUGUCAGCGAGUUCCAUGUUCCCAAGACUGCAGUCAUCCCGUGCCUUCCCCAUUAUCUCCUUGUUGCCCUGUGUGUGACCGUUGUCUCUAUGAAGGCAAAGAAUAUUCAAAUCGGCAGACAUUCAACUCCUUAUCCAACCCAUGCCUCCGAUGUGUGUGCCUAGAAGGAAGUGUGACGUGUACACAUGUUGUGUGCCCUCAAAUGUACUGUGCCAACCCAGUCAGUAAGCCUGGCCAGUGUUGCAAAGAGUGCCCAGUAUGCUGGUACCAAGGGAAGGAAUACAGUGAAGGCGCUCGCUGGGUGCCCCCCACAGAUCCAUGUCUGCAAUGCACAUGUAAAUCAGGCAGUGUACAAUGUGAGCCUCCCACAUGUCCCGCUCUGCCAUGUACACAACAAGUGACUGAUCCUGGAGCAUGCUGUCCUCGUUGUAGAGGCUGUAUUUAUAAUGGUCGGGAAUAUAAAGACCACAGCAACUGGGUCUCCAGUGUGGACCGCUGCAUGGCAUGCAUGUGUGUGGAUGGUGUCACUACCUGCUCCAUGUUGCAGUGUAUCACUUCUUGUAGCAGUCACAUAACAUUGCCUGGGGAGUGCUGUCCUCUGUGUGCAGACUGUGUAGUUAAUAAAAAGGUGUACGUUCCUGGGGACAGUUUCCACCCUUCUGAUGAUCCAUGUGAGAUCUGCACAUGUGAGCGUUUACCAGAUGGCCGCCAGUACAGACGUUGCAGCAGAAAGCAGUGCCCCAGCCUUGUGGAUUGUCCCAAAAGUCAAAUUUUGCCACCUGCUUUUGGCCAGUGCUGUGCCAGCUGUGCCCAGGCUCUGAGCAACUGUACAGACUUACUGGUGGGAAGUGAGAUACAGGUUAUCAAUGACCCCUGUUACACCUGCCAGUGCAAGGACCUAACAUGGCUGUGUGAACAUAGACCCUGCCCAGUUCUCAGCUGCCCUCGUUCAGAACAGAUCACACCGCCUGGUUCAUGUUGCCCAGUAUGCACUGAAUGUUUGGUUGAGCUUGAAGGACGAAGGGUUUCAGAUGGAGAGACUUGGGCAGACAGACAAAAUCCAUGUAUCACCUGCACCUGUACACUGGGGCAUGUUGACUGCCAGAUACAAGAGUGCCGUCCUAUUCAGUGCCAGCAAGGUGAACUAAAAGUGCGGACACCGGGAACUUGCUGCCAAGUUUGUCAGGCUUCAGCUGUAUCCUGUCUGUAUCAAGGGCAGAGGUACUUAUCUAAUGAGCAUUGGCAGGUGAAUGAGUGUACAACCUGUACAUGUGUUUCUGGAGAGGUGCACUGCCACAGUGAGAGGUGUCCACAAGUAUCCUGUACUGCUGAUGAGACCCCAGCUCUGAUCCCUGGCAUGUGCUGUCCACACUGCAUACCUCGCCCAGCCACCUGCAUUGCAUUUGGAGACCCACAUUAUAGGACCUUUGAUGGUAAAAUGUACCAUUUCCAAGGCAGCUGUACCUAUGUCUUGAGUGAAGACUGUGAAGGAGGAGACUUCAGUAUUCAUGUGACAAAUGAUGACCGUGGACAACGCGGAGUAUCGUGGACAAAGGAAGUGACUGUGUUGAUUGGGGAUGCUGUGGUCCAGCUCCUGCAGGACUGGGUGGUUGUGGUAGAUUACCAGACUGUAGAGUUGCCAUACUUGAAAGAACCGUAUAUAUACAUUGAGAGGAAGACAAACACUAUUCUACUGAACAGUAACAUUGGAGUUAAGGUACAAUGGAAUGGACGAUCUCAUCUUGAGGUCAGCGUCCCAGGAACAUAUCGUGAUCAUCUAUGUGGGCUUUGUGGAAAUUUCAACAAUUAUCCUCAAGAUGAUUUCCGUGAUCGAAGGGGUCAGAUACUUCUGUCUGAGGCCGCCUUUGGAAACAGUUGGAAGGUACAAAGCAGUAACGACUCCUCCAGUGUAUGCUGGGAUGGGCAAGAUGUGGACCCCUGUAAACAGGCUGGAUAUCGUGCUAGGAAAGAAGCCAAUGGUCGUUGCAAAUUACUAAAGUCCAGUGUGUUUGAGCCAUGUCACAGAGUGGUUCCACCAGAGAUGUUCUUUGCUUCAUGUGUAUAUGAUCUGUGCGCAUGCGGAGCAGGAGAUGAGUGUCUGUGUGAUGCUCUGGAAGCAUACGCAUCAGAGUGCAGGGAGGCAGGAGUUGUGUUGCAGUGGAGGUCUCCAGCACUAUGUGCUGUUGGCUGUCCACAUGACAGAGGUUAUGUGUUCGAUGAAUGUGGCCCUCCCUGUCCCAAAACGUGUUUCAAUAAAGAUGUUCCCCUUGGAGUCCUGGAGUCUCACUGUUUUAAGCCAUGUGUUCCUGGCUGUCAAUGUCCAGCUGGGCUGGUAGAACACGAAUCUCACUGCAUCCCACCCGAGUCAUGCCCGAAGAUUAUUCAUGGAAACCUCUGAAUUCAUAGAACAUCUACACUUCCAGCAUGAACAUGUAUGUGUGAAAGAAGUGUUUUAAUCUGCUUGGUGAUUACACAAACUUUCCUUUCCUGCACAGUAAAAAGUGUGAUUCACAUUUUCAUCAUCACAGUUAUGAACUUAAAUAUGAAAUAUGUCUCAUGCUUUUCUUUUGUUUUUCAAUGUGCAUUUGAUGUUCAGCUUCCCCUUUAAGCAGCAUAACCACCUAAUUAGCCAAUCGACAAUUACUGAAAUGUCUAUAGUGGGAAACAUGGAGGAGAUACCAGAAGUCAUAAAGACUUUCAACCAAAAGAACAUUAAUUCUCCAUACAUUUCUGAAUGAAAAUUAAAUAGUGUUUCAGAAAAA